AUGAGUCCUCGUCGCUCUUCUCGAGCUCGCACCACACAGCCCUCCCCAGCCCUCCUCCAACACACCAACUCCUCCGGCUCCUCAGUCUCCCUCAACCGUGAGAGGAGCACCCGAUCAAACCAUAAAAACCCUUCUCCUCAAGGCUCAUCGACUCAUCGAUCUCAAUCCAUCGAUGAUGGCGAAAAUGGCGAAAAUGGCUCGAGGACGGACCUCCCACAAACGCGCCAGCGCCAGCGCGCCCGUGACGACGACGAUGAGCCUCCCCGCGAGGAGGAUGAAGAUGAUAUGGAUGAUGAUGAAGAAGAGGAAGUCACUCGGUGUCUUUGUGGACAGCAAGAUUAUCCAGGUCUUCCUCUCUCUCGUCGCGAAGCUCUCGGUCGCAGCAUCGUCAAGGCUGAGCCAGCUCAUCCCCCCACUGAUUCAUCCGACUUGAUGUCUGAUGACAUCGGUAGUAUGUUCAUCCAGUGCGAUCUUUGCAAAGUAUGGCAACAUGGUGGCUGUGUGGGAAUUAUGGACGAAGAGACGAGUCCCGACGAAUAUUUCUGCGAGGAGUGCCGGAAAGACCUGCACAGAAUCCGAGGUGAAGCCAAUGGUUCCCGCUCCUCUACCUAUUUACCUAUCGCACCGCUGCCGUCGCCAGCGCCGGCUCCCCCACCGGCGGCAGCUUCGUCGCCUGCGCCCUCCUCUCGAGCAUCGUCUCAAGAUACGUCUCGGCGUUCCAGGGACCCUAAAUCGCGUAAAAGUGAAGAUGCUGCAAAUACUAAACGUCGGUCCACCAUGAACAGCCGUGAUGCGGCUUACGAUGAGGAGGAACUGAUCCGACGAGCCAUUGAAGAAAGCAAAGAAGAUACGAAAAGUCUCCCCGAUGACACGUCUACCACUCGACGAGGCAAACGGAGUCGAAGUGCAAGCGAAGCCAACAGACAAGGCGUCAAACGUCAACGAACUACCUCCCCCUCCCCCGCCGCCGUUUCAAAACACAGUAACACAGUAUCCCAACCUCCCUCCGAAGAUGAAUCCACCAAGGCCAAGAGUACAAACGGCAACGGCACCAAUGGCAACGGCACCAAUGGCAACGGCACCAAUGGCAACGGCAACGGCACCCGAAGACAGAGAGCUACCUCCCGAGGCCAGCGUGACAAAGAACUUCCCAAGGCCGAUGAAGCUCCUAUUGAGACGGAAACUGCCGAGAAUGGAAUUCGUCGAAAAGAAAGGAACAAUCGCCGUAAAGGUGAAGAAUCCGAACAAGAACCCGCAUCCCCUACCAAGCCUGCUGCCCCUCCAGUCCCCGAACCUGAACAGCAGCCGGCUCAACCAAGCCCUAAUACACCUACUCCCCAAGAGCCGACCCCCGCCCGGCCAUCAACACGAAAGUCGGGACGUCCACCAGCUCGUCGAGGUCGCGUGGGCCGUAACCAAUAUACCAAGGAUCGCGAUGUUAACGGCACCGGCACUGGAACCGAAUCACCCCGCCGUGGCUAUUCACACGAUAUCGGCGCAGACUCACCACGAGUCGGAUACAGCGCAAACGGCACCCAAAUAAACGGCGGCGACACUGGACGACCAAGCAAACCACGGCACAUGCACCCACAACGUACCACCAUGAAUGAAAUGAAAAGGCGCGUGGCUGCCAUCCUUGAAUUCAUCUCACGCAUGCAAGUUGAAAUGGCCGUCGCCAGUGAAAACUCCAGCACUCCAACUGGAAAUGGUGAUAGCGAUCGAGCCCAAGGUCUCCUCUUAAAAAGCAUGGUUGAUCAAAUCGACAGCGCCAUGCCUUCAACUAUCAGUGACGCCGGCGAAUCCGCGCCCACAGAUGCCGGUGACAAUGAAAAAGAUUUCAAGAACCUAAGUAGUCUAGAAAUGAUGGAUGUUCUCACCCGCCACCUGCUCAAAUGGCAGCAGGAAUAUGGCAAGUUCGGCGAGCGGUAG